AUGGGAAACGAUGGCGGUUCGAUUCCGAAACGCGAUGACCUAGUAAGGACAAGAGCGGGUAAAAGCAGGGUUGAUGAGCAAGAAAAACAAAGCACCAAGUGGUCGGAGUGCUCACUUUCCAAGCAAAAACUAGAGGAACCAAUCGUCUGCGACCGCUUAGGAAAGCUAUACAACAAAUCAUCGGUCUUGGAGUUCUUGAUAGAUCGAAAUCACUUCGGUCAGGAUGGAAAGCAGGUCGCUGGACACUUGAGGAGCUUGAAAGAUGUUGUCAAUGUCCAACUCGCUAAAAAUACGCAAUCCAACUCGUGGAUCUGCCCAAUCAGCCUCAAGGAAUUCGGAAUCGGGAUUGGAAGGUUCGAGUUAAGAUGGUUGUGUCUGGUCGAUUGUGGAUGUAUCUUAACAGAGCCAGGCCUCAAGCAGGUAGACGGGAACAAUUGUCCAGUAUGUGGGAAACCGGUUGCCGAGUCAAUUACUGUCAACCCCAGCGCAGAAGAGGAAGAAAAUGUGCGAUUCAAACUUCUGGAACAGCGAGUCAAGGAGCAAGAAGAGAAAGAUAAACGGAAACUCGAAAGAAAGGCGCAGAAGAAACGUAAAAAUAACCAAUCCACUGACGAAGGAGCCUUCGAUGCCGAUCAAGGACCGAAAGAGGCUAGCAAGAAAAUGAAAACUAUUACUGGCAAAGAAUCUUCCAUCCAACCACCCUCAAACAUCAACUCGAGCUCAAUCUCAAAAAUCACGACGGAAAUACAAAAGGAGACCCAACAGAGCCUCGUCAACUUAUCCUCGAGCACCCUUUCAAGUAUUUACGGACCUAGAGACGCCAAUGGAAAACAAUUGCUCGGGCAACAGAAAGAGUCUUGGAUGACCAGAGGGACAUGGACUAGAUAUGCUGCUUGA